GUCGAGACAGCUGGUGAACUCCAUGAGCUGGUGUUAUUUAUUUAUUUUCAUCAUAGACAUUUGAGACAUUUCCAUUUCGCAGUUGACUCAAAUAUAUUAAGUGUAUAAUCUAUGGCAGUUGAGCUCAGGAAAGAAAGGAGAGGUGUUGUGCAUUUAUAAAUAAAAACACGUUUAAUAGCAACUGGUUCUAACUAAAAUAAAAAUAAAAUCAUAAAUAUAUAUCAAAAAUGUCUGACGUUGAAAAACUUUUAAAACAAGCAGCUAUGCAAAUAGGUGCCGGUGGAAGCGCGGGUUUUGUGGAAGUGUGUAUUAUGCACCCACUGGAUUUGGUCAAGACUAGGCUUCAAAUACAAAGUAACAAAUCAGCAAUGAAACCAUCAGAUCCACAUUACUACAGCGGUAUUAUAGAUUGCAUGAAAAAAAUGUAUAGGUACGAAGGUUUCACCUCAUUUUGGAAAGGUAUUCUGCCUCCUAUAUUGGCAGAAACCCCUAAAAGAGCUGUUAAAUUUGCAACUUUCGAACAAUACAAGAAGCUUUUUAUGUUCGGAUCAGAUACUCCUACGCCACUUACGUUUUCUCUGGCAGGACUAGGAGCCGGAAUCACGGAAGCUGUCCUAGUGAAUCCAUUCGAAGUUGUCAAGGUUACGCUUCAAUCGAACAAGUCCUUGGCCACAGAAAUUCCCAGUACGUGGUCGGUAACGCGGCAGAUCGUCAGAGAACACGGCCUGGGCUCGCGAGGACUGAAUAAAGGACUAACAGCCACGAUAGCCAGGAACGGAGUCUUCAACAUGGUGUAUUUCGGAUUCUAUCACAGCGUCAAAGGAUAUGUACCGGAGUAUCAGGAUCCGUUAUCAGAGUUUCUGCGGAAGGUCGCCAUAGGGUUCACGUCGGGGGUCCUGGGCUCGUGCGCGAAUAUUCCCUUCGAUGUCGCGAAGAGUCGGAUCCAGGGUCCUCAGCCGGUGCCGGGCGUCGUCAAGUAUAGUUCCACGUCCGGCGCCAUCAUAAUGGUCUACAGGGAGGAAGGUCGUGGGCGCAACUGGUCACACGAAUGUGUGGGAGACUACACGAAUAAUCGCGGUUCGCGUGCUUUGAUGUCCGUUGAAAAACCGAUACAGCUUGGAAAACCACGAAUGCAGCGAAAACUUUGCAUAAUCAUUUGCAAAUGUCGUCCUAUACUUGCGGGUUUGCGUAUUCGUGCGAAUGUGAGUGACCGGUAUAACUAUAUAUAAAUAGUAAACUUUAGUAACUACGUCUCUUAACUUUGCUACUUCAGAUUAGCCACGUCACUAAAGAAAAUUCUAGAAUUAAAUGGAAAUUUCUAGUUGAUAAUGCAAUUACAGCUUUAUCAUUGUUCUUAGUACCUUUUAAUUCACUGGUCAGAGUAAACAAACAACAUUAAAAAAAAAAGUAUAUUUCUCUAUAAAUAAUUUUGAGAUUGGAACGAAGCCAAAGUUUGAUGUCUGUUGCUAUUCGAAAAUAAUAUUAUAAAAAAGAAACCACAGAUUUUUGUUCGUUGCAGCAAUUUGUUAUUAAAAAUAUCUCGGGCGUAUUAUGUAGUCAUAGAUGUCUCUAUUCCGGCAAGAUGUCUCUAUUCAUCACUGGUGGUAGGACCUCUUGGGAGUCCGCACGGGUAGGUACCACCACCCCGCCUAUUUCCGUCGUGAAGCAGUAAUGCGUUUCGGUUCGAAGGGUGGGGUAGCCGUCGUAACUAUAAUGAGACUUUAGAACUUAUAUCUCGAGGUGGGUGGCGCAUUUACGUGGUAGAUGUCUAUGGGUUGAAUUUACUAUCUUGAAAUUGUUGUUAGCGCGAUUUAGGCUUAUUUUUUUUUAGAAAUCAUUUAUUCGCUAAGCAUAGUGAAAAUGAGUUAUUACAUAAGUUAAAAGCAGCGUGUAUGCUUUGUCAUUAUUUGACAUGCGAAUUUUAGUGCAGUGCAAGAUAUUAUGAUAUUAUAUAUAAUUUACCAUUCAUUCAUCCAUAAUUGAACUAAUAAUUUUAAAUCCGUUUAUUUUCAAUGUCGUCCAUAAGAAAAUCACUUAAGUGAUAAUAAUUUCCACUAAUAAGAUUAUCUUUUAGUUUUUUCUUAAAAUUAAAAUCGUCUAUGUCUCUUAAUUUCUUUGGUAGUUCAUUAAAUAUCCUAGCGCUCGUACCUAGUAUACUACAUAUUAGUCUUUAAUGUAGUUCCUAUUCUUCCUAUUCUUUGUUACUCUUUUGCCAAACUCCUACUGAGUUUUUCGCCGGAUCUUCUCAGUGGAUCGCGAUCAGUUAAGUAAAUUCAGCGAAGCACUGCUCUUGCUAGGGUUAGUGUUUAAAUUCUCUCAGGUUGAGUCCGUGAGCUCGCCUACCGUAGCUGGAAUAGCCUCUAAGACUACCAACGAAUAUGUAUGGACUGUUAUUAAAUAAACCAAGCCGAGGGCGGAGGUCGUGCCAGUAGUUAUAGUAAAGUGGUGAGGUUAGCUUUAGAUUGCUUUAAUUAGCGUCCGAGACGAAAAUAACAUUCUGGCAUAUCAGUUACUUUUACACACUGAGUAUUAUUGUUUUAUCUAUAUCUAAACUAAUAUAUAAAUCUACAGUGGUUUUAAGGAUGCUCCGUUAUAACUACUGAGCCGUGCAUCCGAUUGACUUGAAACUUGGUAUCCAUGUAGAAAAUACAUGUACUUGAUGAAUAGGCUAAUAUUUAUAUGAGUGUUGGACUCCCUAAUAAUAAUGACAAUAAAUAAUAAUAUUAAUUUUAAAUGCCCAGCGAAGCGGGGGAGUACGGCUAGUUAUUACUAUAACCUAAUGGACAAAAUCGAUGUCUCCAAUGAACACUACGCUAACUCCAAAUUCGUAGAUAUUUACAGGAGGAGCAUUUAAACGAAAAAAGUUGAUAAAAUCUAUAUUAUUGCAGAUAUAUUUAUGGUUUUUUUGUGUAGCUAGCUUAAUUACCCUUGCUUUGAACCCCAUUAAUAAUGAUUAAUUGUAAUACUUUUAACAUAGUGAAGCGAUUUGCGUGAAAAAUUAAAAUUUCCAACAUUUUGAGUUAGAGUAGUGUUCAUUGGAGGCAUCGAAAUAA